AUAUAUUGUCUCAAGUAUGUCCAAUUCAGUCGAUGCCAGUAGUCCUACGCAAGGCGGUUUGUUCAGUCGAGUCGUAUUCAGUUAAUUCAGGGUACCGUUGACAGGGGUCUCAUCAUAUUCGUCUAUUGACAGGGUUCUCAUCAUUUUUGCGAAGUUGCAAUGGAGUUCGAGGUGAGAGUGGUGGGAGGUUUAGAGAGCUGCUUCGUCUCUCUCCCGCUGCAGCUUGUCCAGACCCUUCAAUCUACUCGCUCAGGCUUCCUCCCUCACCUUCUCGCUCUCGAGCUUCGCUCUCGCGACAAUCGUCUCUGGCACGUUGCUUGGUCUGGCUCUGCUUCCGCCACUUCCGCAAUUGAGGUUGCUCAACAAUUUGCAGCAUGCCUUGAUCUACUGGAUCAUACAAUUGUUAACGUGCGAGCUGUUGCUAAUUUGCCAAAAGCUACCAUGGUUACUAUAGAACCUGACACUGAGGAUGAUUGGGAAGUUUUGGAGCUCAACUCUGAGUAUGCAGAGGCUGCUAUAUUGAAGCAGAUUGGGAUCGUUCACAAAACAAUGAGAUUUCCUUUGUGGUUGCAUGGCCACACAGUUGUUACAUUUCUCGUGGUUUCAGUUCUUCCCAAGAAAGCAGUAGUGCAACUUGUGCCAGGAACUGAAGUUGCAGUUGCACCAAAGGGACGAAGGAAAAAUGUGGAUUGCUGUGAAGACUCCGAGGUGAAAUCUUCAAAGAAAGGGCAUCCUAUUGUGAAGGCAUUACUGCGUGUUCAAGAAUCUGAUAGAAGAUUGAGACGCAAAAGUGCAGUUCAUGGUAUUGAGUUGGGGGUAGCACUCACCUCUAUUGCUUAUAUUCAUCCAGAAACAGCUAAGAAUUGUUCGUUGGAUUCUCUUCAGCUGGUUGUUAUAAUGUCUAGAUUACCAUUGAAGGAGAACUUAAGAAAUGGUGAAAAAAGUAACAUGGGAAAGAAAAGCAGCUCGGAUUUGAGGGAAGUUACAAAUGGAGUUAUAACCGACAAGAAGGAUUCUCGUCAAGCAGUUGUUCAGCUUUUGAUAUCAAGAUCUGUUGCAACAGGACAUGUAAUGCUUGCUCAGUCUCUUCGUCUCUAUCUAAGAGCAGGCUUACACUCGUGGGUUUAUGUGAAGACAUGCAAUUUAAAUUCAGAGAAGGGUAUUUCUUCACUCUCACUUUCUCCUUGUCAGUUUAAAAUGUUUUGGACAAACAAGGGUUUUGAGAACAGUGCUCUUGAAUUGCCCGAUAGCUGUAAAAAUCAUAAGAUGAAGAACAGGUCUCUCAAGGUUUGCUCAGACAUCCGUGUGGGUAUGGUGGAUUGGUCAGUUUAUGAGGAAGUGGUUGCAGUUCUUUCUAAUGAAUCUUCUAGUAAGGAGGAUGAAGAUGUUGCUUCUCAUUCAGAUGGUAAAAAGGGACUGCUAAGUCUUCUUGGUGCAUGGUUUUCUGCACAAGUUGAUGCUAUCUCAUCAACUGCAGGAGUUCAAGUUAGUUCAUUGAUUUUGGGAAAUGAAACAUUGAUUCACUUUGAAAUAGAAGGUUACAACUUUGAGACUACGAGAAAGGUACAGACAUCCAAUGGUUCUUUCUUCAGCAGAAAAUUGCCAGUUGAAAUUUUUUUUGUGCUGACUAUUUCUGGGGAAUCCCUGCUUGGUGGAAAAGUUAAUGGGUAUGAGCUCUUCUUCAAUGGGGGGCACAAAAGUAAUGAUAAUUUGGGAAACUUGGAAUUUUUGUUUGGAAAUUUAAAGUUGGGUGAACCUGUAAUCUUUUAUUCUGUUAAAGAUGCAGCGUCUAACAAAAGCCUCAAUUCUUCAAUUUCUUGCUUGAGCUGGAUGGAGAUGGCUGUUCCUGAUGUUACUAAUAGAUUGACAGUGUUGCUAUCUCCUGUUUCUCAGACACAGUUUAGUGUGUAUAAUCUUCCUCUCCCUGCAAAUAUUCUAAUAUGUGGGCCUUCUGGGUCUGGGAAGACGUCACUGGGCAGGGCUGUUGCUAAAUCCAUUGAAGAACAGGAAACCCUCUUAGCACACACCAUUUUUGUUUCUUGUUCAGCACUUGCAUUCGAAAAGGCCCCAGCCAUUCAUCAAGCACUUUCUGGAUACAUUUCUGAAGCUUUAGAUCAUGCACCUUCCCUUGUCAUCUUUGAUGAUCUUGAUAACAUUAUUUCACCCUCCGACUCUGAAGUAUCUAAACCUUCAACUUCUGCUGCGCUUACAGAGUUUCUUGCCGACAUUAUGGACGAAUACACGGAAAAGAGGAAGAGCUCUUGUGGAAUUGGUCCAAUUGCAUUCAUAGCCUCUGUGCAAUCUGUAGAAAAUAUUCCAAGUUGCUUGAGCUCUGCAGGAAGGUUUGACUUUCAUGUGCAACUGCCUGUUCUUGGUGGCUCAGAACGUGGUGCUAUAUUGAAGCAUGAAAUCCAGAGGCGUGCCUUACAUUGUUCUGAUGACAUCUUGUUGGAUAUAGCUUCUAAAUGUGAUGGAUAUGAUGCAUAUGAUCUGAGCAUAUUGAUUGAUAGGGCUGUUCAUGCUGCCAUUGGUCGCUUUUUGCCUUGUUUUUCAGCUUCUGAAAAACAGGGGAAGCCAACUUUAGUUAGAGAUGAUUUUUCACAAGCAAUGGACAAGUUCCUUCCAGUUGCUAUGCGUGACAUCACCAAAUCUGCUUCUAAUGGUGGCCGCUCUGGGUGGGAGGAUGUUGGUGGUCUAAUUGAUGUCUGCAAUGCUAUUAGAGAGAUGAUUGAAUUACCUUCAAAGUUUCCAAGAAUCUUUGCCCAAGCUCCUCUUAGGCUGAGGUCAAAUGUGCUGUUAUAUGGCCCUCCAGGUUGUGGGAAGACACACAUUGUUGGUGCUGCUGCUGCUGCUUGUUCACUAAGAUUUAUAUCAGUAAAAGGACCUGAGCUGCUGAAUAAGUAUAUUGGUGCUUCUGAGCAAGCUGUUCGGGAUAUAUUCUCAAAAGCAGCUGCUGCAGCACCAUGCCUUCUUUUUUUUGAUGAAUUUGACUCUAUAGCACCAAAGAGAGGGCAUGACAAUACAGGGGUGACUGAUCGUGUUGUCAAUCAAUUUCUGACGGAAUUAGAUGGUGUGGAAGUUCUUACAGGGGUAUUUGUGUUUGCUGCAACUAGUAGGCCAGAUUUACUUGAUGCUGCACUGUUACGACCUGGUAGGCUAGAUCGCCUUCUUUUCUGUGAUUUCCCAUCUCAUAAUGAGAGGUUGGAUAUUCUCAUGGUUCUUUCUAGAAAGCUACCGUUGGCUGUUGAUGUUGAUUUGGAAUACAUAGCUCGCAUAACUGAAGGGUUUAGUGGAGCUGACCUCCAAGCUCUUCUGUCAGAUGCACAACUUGCUGCAGUCCACGAGCUUUUAGCUGAUGAUGAUGGCAAUGAGCCUGGGAAAAUGCCUGUCAUCACCAAUGCUCUUUUAAAGUCCAUUGCUUCCAAGGCAAGACCAUCAAUUUCGGAAGCAGAGAAGAAGAGACUAUAUGGCAUUUAUAACCAAUUCUUGGAUUCAAGGAGAUCUGUUGCGACAGAGGCAAGGAAUGCAAAAGGCAAAAGGGCAACCUUGGCAUAACUAUUGACCAGGUUGUCAUUAAGCAACAGGUCAGUCAAGAAACUUCAUGUGAGCCAGAUAUGCUGGGAAUAGCAGCAAGAAAGGUUUGGCUCUGCUUGCUGAAGGAUGGCAAGCAUUCUUUGACAAAAUUAAUCUUGAAUAUUUCUUCAUUUUGAUUUCAGCACUGCUCAAGACAAUUUCACUUUGAAAUAUAGAACACGGUUCAAUCCUCAAAAAAAACUCAAAAUUAUAUAUAUAUAUAUAUAUAUAUAUAGAGAGAGAGAGAGAGAGAGAGAGAGAAUACUUGUUUCAAUAUUUGUUUCUUCUUGAUCUGAGUUUUGUGCAUACUGCGGAUCCUGUUAUUGAUUUGAUUGCUAUGAAAAUGAAAGAAAUGCGUAGUUGAUUCAUGAA